UGUUCAGCGUUGUGUGGUAAAGGUAACAAAACACGUCUUGUAUUCUGUGGACGAUACGACGGGGUAUCGGUGGAGAAGGUUGAUGACAAGGAAUGCAGCAAACUAGAACGAUACAGCGAUACCAAGGAAUGCGAAGUCCCGAAUGAAAAAUGUCCAGCACAGUGGUUCGCGGCACCGUGGACUAAUUGUACAAAGGUAUGCGGCGGCGGUGAACAGAAACGAGCAAUUAUGUGUCUUCGCGGUAACAAGGAGUCUAAAGACUGUGCUGAAGAUUCCAUUCCUGAGAACUGGCGAUCAUGUAAUGAACAGCCCUGUGAUGAAGACCAAAUGCUACCAUUGAAUACUAAGUCUACACCCAUUAUGGAUGAUGAUUACAUUCUCGGGGAAUGUAUUGAGUACGAAAAGGACUACGAAGAAGAAGGAGCCGAAGUUAUUGAUGACACUCUUCCCAGUAAUGAGCUCGACGUCAUGUUUAGUGAUAGCCCAGUUCUAGAAGGCUCUGGUGGCUGGACCGCUUUCACUGAAAUUGAAUCAGAAUUUACUACUGAAGAAGGCUCUGGUGCAGAUAUAAGUGUAACGGAGGUAACGGUAACUCUUAGCGAAUUCACAACAGAUACUAACACAGAUGAAUCUACUGAUAUCACUAUAGCAUCGACAACUUUAACAAAUACCAAUAAACCUUCUGAACACACUACAGAAACCGAAACAAACACCGACGAAACUACCGAAAGUACUGAAGAAUCCACAACUGUAACAAACACAAACAAUGAUGCUGAAAGCACUAUUUAUUCAUCAACUACUGACAUUGCAACUGAGAGUACGAUUGAUUCCACCACUGGAACAAAUAUUGUAGAAUAUACUGAAAGUACGACCGGAACAAAUACAGAUAAUGUAACAGAAAUUAAUUUAGAUUCAACAACUGAAACAAUUACUGAUGAAUCUACUGAAAGUAGUGUAGAACCCACAACUGGAACAAAUAUUGAAAUUACUAUAGUUUCAACAACUGAAACAAAUACUGAUGAAUCUUCUGAUAGUACUGUAGAAACAACUACAGAUACUGCUACUGAUACUACUUUAGAAUCUACGACUACAACAAAUAAUGACAAUGGAACUGAGAGUACUAUAGAUUCAACAACUGAAACUAAUACUGAUGAAACAACUGAAAGUACUGUAGAAACAACAACUGAUAAUACUACUGAAAUAAGUAUAGAAUCUACCACCGGAACUAACAAUGACAAUGAAACUGAAAGUACUAUAGAUUCGACUACAGCAACAAAUACUGGCGAAUCUUUCGAAAUUACCAUAGAAUCUACAACUGGUACAAAUACUGACGAAUCUUAUGAAAGUACUAUAGAAUCUACAACAGGAACAAAUGGAGAAAAUGCUUCUGAAAGUACUUUCGAAUCAACGACAGGAACAAAUACUGACAAUGGAACUGAAAGUACAAUAGAAUCCACUACUGAAACGAGUACAGAUAGUACUAUUGAUAGUACUAUUAAAUUCACAACUGGAGCAAAUACCGACGAUGAAACUGAAAGCAGUUUAGACAGCACAACUGGAACAAAUACUGACAAAUCAUCUCAAAGUACUGUAGAAUCUACAACAGACAGCUCUACUGAAACAACUAUAGAAUCUACAACGGGAAUGAAUACGGAUGAAUCUACAAGUGGCACAACUGAUAUAGGUCUUCAGACUGGUAGCACAGAAAUAGGAACAGAAAUAGUCUCGACAACAGAUGGUGGGUUCAGUUCGACUGAAAGCUCUACUAUAACAGAAGCUGGAACAACACAGACUGGAACCAGUGAAUAUGCCGAAACAUCUUCCACCGAAUCUAACGAACCAACAUCAUUAACGCAAGAAAGUACUACUGAAGCUCAAUUGGACUGGAAAUCAACUGUGGAAGUAUACACUCAACGGCAGAAAUGUAAGAUUAGGCGUAAGAUCGCUAAAUGCACGGAUAUUCGGAUAUAUCCGUACGGAUGCUGUCCUGACAAACGAACACCUGCGAAGGGGCCUUUCGAUUUAGGUUGUAAGAACAUUACGACGUGCGCUGACACAAAGUACGGUUGCUGUCCCGACGGUGUAUCACCAGCUCUGGAUGAUAAAGGAGCGGGCUGUCCUGUCACACCCUGUAACGAGACGCUCUACGGCUGCUGCAAGUCUGACAACAUUACUGCUGCUACUGGAAAUGAUGAUGAAGGAUGUCCCGUAAUACCAGCCUGCAAGACUACAGAGUAAUUUAACUAAAUAGUAACAAAUAUUUAAUGGAGUUUCAACAAUUUCAAAAUAUUCGUUUAAUUUUGUGUAAAUGUGUAUUUUCGAAAUCUUAGGGUAUCCCAUGUGCUGGCCAUCUCUGCUUGGUCACGUUCUUCGGUUUUGAAGGUCCUGUCCGUAAUUCAAGGAUUUCGUUAGGUUACUUCUUUAUUGCGGUCGUAAGUGGUAGGCUAAUAAUUGUCAGAUUGAAGAUCUGGUCCGACAGUCGGCUAGGUGAUCGUCUGCGUGGUCUUCUGCUUUCCACCUUGCCUAUUACUAUCAACUUGUCUAAAUUACUCGAAAGGCGUCGGUCUAAGUGGUAAAAAUACCCCAAGAACUUUUGAUAGCAAAUUGUGAACAAUCUAGUGCCCAUGCGAAGUUACUCCUCCGAGGUAUCCUUCUCCA